UAUCGGAAAGCAGGACGACGAGAGAGAGAGCCAAAAAGAGUGGGGCGGAAUUAAAGAUCCCCCCCCCACCCCCGAAACAUGGAGCUCACCAUGGAGAACAUCGGCAACCUGCACGGCGUGUCCCACUCCCACCAAAGCGGCGACUUAAUGAACUCCCCGCACGCGCGGCAGUCGUCCGCCUCCCACCGGAACCUGGUGUCGUCCCACGGCCGCUCGGCCAUGGUGUCCAGCAUGGCCUCCAUCCUGGAGGGGGCCGGCGACUACCGCGCGGACCACGCGCUCUCCGGGCCGCUGCACCCGGCCAUGACCAUGUCGUGCGACUCGGGCAUGAGCCUGAGCAGCACCUACACCACCCUGACGCCGCUGCAGCACCUGCCGCCCAUCUCCACCGUGUCGGACAAGUUCCACCACCCGCACGCGCACGCGCACCACCACCACCACCACCCGGCGCACCAGCGGCUGUCGGCGGGCAACGUGAGCGGGAGCUUCACGCUCAUGCGCGACGACCGCAGCCUGGCGUCCAUGAGCAACCUCUACGGCCACUACCCGAAGGACAUGUCCGGCAUGGGCCAGCCGCUGUCCCCGCUCUCCAACGGCCUCGGGCCCUUGCACAGCUCCCAGCAGUCCCUCGGCGCCUACGGCCCCGGAGCGCACCUCUCCAACGACAAGAUGCUCUCCGCCGGGGGGUUCGACUCCCACGCCAUGCUGUCCCGGGGCGAGGAGCACCUGGCGCGGGGGCUCGGCGGCCACGGAGCCGGGCUCAUGUCGUCCCUGAACGGCAUGCACCACCACAGCCACCCGCACUCUCAGGCAAACGGCUCCAUGCUGUCAGACCGGGACCGGCAGACGGUGGUCGGGGGCGUCCAGGGCGGGGGCUCCGGCCAGGUGGAGGAGAUCAACACCAAGGAGGUGGCGCAGCGAAUAACCGCCGAGCUGAAGCGCUACAGCAUCCCGCAGGCCAUCUUCGCCCAGAGGAUCUUGUGCCGCUCCCAGGGGACUCUCUCCGACCUGCUGCGGAACCCUAAACCGUGGAGUAAACUCAAGUCCGGCCGGGAGACCUUCCGGCGGAUGUGGAAGUGGCUCCAGGAGCCGGAGUUCCAGCGGAUGUCGGCGCUCCGGCUUGCAGCCUGCAAGCGCAAAGAACAGGAGCAACACAAGGACCGCAACACGGCGCCCAAGAAGCAGCGCUUGGUCUUCACCGACCUGCAGCGCCGCACGCUCAUCGCCAUCUUCAAGGAGAACAAGCGACCAUCCAAGGAAAUGCAGAUCACCAUCUCCCAGCAGCUGGGCCUGGAGCUCAGCACCGUCAGCAACUUCUUCAUGAACGCCAGGCGCCGCUGCGUGGACCGCUGGCACGACGACCACGGUACCAGUCCAGGGCAGCCGGGCACCUCUGCCACCACCUUCUCCAAGGCCUGAAAGAAGAAGGAGUUGGAGGAGAGGGCUUGCAGAUUGCCGGGCGUCCAGGUUGGAAGGGCGGGUGUAGCAAACUGGCACUGAGACCCUGCCAAUGACUACCAUUCCUGGCCUGGACCGAUCUGACAUCUGCCCGAGAAAUCCUUUGUGCCAUGCAAUCAUCUUUUUUUGUCGGUCAAAAGUUCAAGCUCUAAAAAGGUGAAGUCAGGUCUAGUCUGCAUUACUCACAUAAGGACAAUCAUUGAUUCUGUCUUUUUUAAAAGAAAAUCAUCCUUAGGGCAUCUUUGUUUCAGACAAAGUAAAGAGACACCAAAGAUUUUGUUGUUGGACGGUAUACCGGGCACGAGCUAGCCUCUUUUCACCACCGACGUAGCCACUGGUCUUGCUUUUUUACCCCCUCUCGACUCACCUCUUUGUGUCCACUCUCGUACCCCUCAACCGAAGCAACAGAACGGCAAUAAAUCGGACAGAGCAGCCUUACUAUCCGAGCCCUACACCGCACACACAAGGCCGUCAAAACCUAGGAACGACGUAGUCUGUAAGGAAAAAAACAAGGCUUUCCACUUCCCUCCGCCCCCUCAUUCUAUAAUCUCCCUCAUUCCUCGGCCUAAGGUAUUCCCUGAUGGCCGCCCAUCGCAGAAAGAAGCUCGAGCCCGAUCAUACGGCGAGCUAAUGAAUUGAAAAAUGAAUCGAUGCAGACAGAGCGAGCGAGGCCUUGACCUCUCCCUCAAGGUGAAAAACCAAGGCGCUCAGCAGCAGCAGGUCCUCCAAGCGCAGGUCUCGAUAUAUAUUUUUUGCACAGAUGUUGGAGGCCUGCAAAAGGGGAGACAUGUCACUGCGAGCCUGACCGAGAGGUUCUUUGACCGAGAGAGGCGGGUGAUACGUCUGGGCGCGCUCUUUUGUUCUGCGAGGAGCUUUUCCUUCUGAUCGAUAACCCAGAAAGCGACGGUUAAAGCGACAAAAACUCCGGCAUCCGUCCAUUUGCUAUAGGGAAUGCACCCAGCGGAGAUGGGGACACAAAGGGGCCUCAGAGCGGUGCCUCCCUUCCAAAGAUCAUUUACUGGUAGAGUCACAGUGCCCCCUGCUGGCUAAAGCAUAGACACAUUCAUGCCCCGGCUGAUCAAUAACUAGCAAUUGUCCAAGCUAAAGCAGAGGGGGGUGGACAAAAGCAAUCCUAAAACUGUAGGGACCGAGCAACAAAUACAAUACAAGAUGCAUAUUUAUUUUUGGGAGGCUUCUUUGGCCUGUCGUCGUCUCAUAUUUCCAAACACGUGUAAGGUUAGCCGUAGCCGAGACAAGCUGUCCAAAAUGCUAAAAAUAAAUUUGUGCCAAUGCUUUACUGCCUUAAUUCCAAUCAGACAACACGGUUCACACAUAAGUGACAUUUGGUGUGUGUCACCAUAGCAACCAACAAUCAGCUUUUUCUCCCUUCCAAUUGAGGCAAACCGCAGAAGACGAGAGCCGUACAUGUUGCAAAUACAAACACAGAAAAAGUCUGUAU